CAGCUGACGCAUUUGCUUCUUGCAACGUGGAGAGGAUUUCAUCAGAAUAUUGUAUUUAUUUACUAUUUGUGCAUUUUAAAUAAUACUUUUUCUCAAAAUGGCAAAACGUCAGCAGCCUUUGUGGCAACCACCUCCCACAGCAGCAGAUACACCGAAACUUCGUCUAUUCAACAGCUUAACAAGACAAAAGGAGGAGUUUGUGCCUUUGGAUGGAAACAAUGUAACUUGGUAUAGCUGUGGACCAACUGUUUACGAUGCAUCUCACAUGGGGCAUGCCAGGUCUUAUAUAUCAUUUGAUAUCUUGAGACGAGUUCUAUCGGACUAUUUUGGUUACAAUAUCCACUAUGUCAUGAAUAUAACCGAUAUUGAUGAUAAGAUAAUAAAACGAGCUCGUCAAAAUUAUCUCUUUGAAUGCUACAAACAGAAGGUCACACAAGCUUCUUUGGAACAACUAUUGGAAGAUCAACGUUCGGUUUUGUCACAGUUCCAAAAUACCUGCGCAAAAAAUACGGAUCCCGAUAAAAAAAUAAUGCUCGACAAAUUGUUCGAUCGCAUGAAUAAUGCAGUGGAGCUCUUAACCAAGGCGGUAACAAAUGGUAAUCAACAAGAGAUAGACAAGGCAAGGGAUUUUUAUCUGUUGGAAGCGAAAGAUCCCAUAUCUGAUUGGUUAGACUCUAAGGAGGGCUCCUCAGUAAAUGAUAAUGCAAUUUUUGAGUCCUUGCCACGUUAUUGGGAAGAUCAAUUUCACAAUGACAUGAAAGCAUUGAAUAUUUUGCCCCCUGAUGUUUUGACGCGUGUCUCCGAAUACGUACCUCAAAUUGUUUCGUUUAUUCAACGUAUUAUUGACAAUGGUCUGGCCUAUGCUGCCAAUGGUUCAGUGUAUUUUAAUGUAAAUGCUUUUGAUGGCAAGGAUAAACAUUUCUAUGCCAAAUUGGUUCCCGAGGCCUACGGCGACACAAAGUCUCUGCAAGAGGGAGAGGGCGACUUGUCAGUGGGGGAAGAUCGUUUAACCGAGAAACGAUCUCCCAAUGAUUUUGCCUUAUGGAAAGCUAGCAAAGCUGGUGAACCUUGGUGGGAUAGUCCAUGGGGCAAGGGACGCCCUGGAUGGCAUAUUGAAUGUUCUGCCAUGGCAUCGGAUAUCUUUGGACCUAUGUUCGAUAUACACACUGGAGGUGUUGAUCUGAAAUUUCCUCAUCACGAUAAUGAAUUGGCUCAAUCUGAAGCUGCCUUUGAUGAAGCAGAAUGGGUUAAAUACUUUUUGCACACGGGUCACCUAACCAUUGCUGGCUGCAAGAUGUCGAAGUCUCUUAAAAACUUUAUAACCAUACAACAAGCUUUACAAAAACAUACACCCUGUCAAUUACGUUUAGCAUUUCUGCUGCAUUCAUGGAAGGACACUUUGGAUUACUCCGACAAUACUAUGGACAUGGCCAUACAGUAUGAGCGUUUCUUAAACGAAUUUUUCCUAAAUGUCAAAGAUCUAACACGUCAUGUCACGACUGAUGAGCCUCGAAGACAAUUUGAUGCCUGGACUUCAAUUGAAGCUGGACUUCAAAAGAAAUACAAUGAAGUAAGAAGUGCCGUGCAUAAAGCCUUGUGUGAUAAUAUUGAUACACGGAGUGCCCUUGAUGCUGUCAGAGAUUUGGUUACAGCUGCCAAUAUUUACAUUCGAGACAAUAAGGAGCGUCUAAACUGCCUAUUGUUGCGAAAAAUUGCCACAUACAUUACCAAUUUGAUGUGCAUCUUUGGAGCUAUAAACCAAAAACCCAACAUGGGUUUUCCAGUGGGUGGUACUUCUGAGGACAAUAUGGACUUGGAGUCAACUGUUCUGCCUUAUGUGGAAGCUACCGCAGAAUUCAGAAACCAAGUAAGAGAAAUGGCCAAACAACUAAAGGCUACCGACAUACUGAAAUUGUGCGAUGAAUUAAGAGAUGAAGUGCUGCCCAAUUUGGGAGUACGUUUGGAGGAUAAAGACGGGGGCAAGUUUGCUGUAAAGCUGGUGGAUCGUGAUACUCUUUUAAAAGAAAGAGAGGCAAAGAAGGCUGCCGAGGCUGAACGUUUGGCAGAGAAAGAACGCAAGAAACAAGCAGCUGCAGAAGCGGCGGCGGCAAAAGAAGCUCAAAAGAAAAUAAAUCCUAAGGAAAUGUUCUUAAACGAAACCGACAAGUAUUCAAAGUUUGAUGAAAAUGGCCUUCCCACACAUGACAAAGAAGGCAAAGAGGUUAGUAAAGGCCUACUUAAGAAACUCCAGAAACUACAGUCUCAACAAGAAGUGCGAUAUAAGGAAUAUUUGGCAACAGUAAAUGCCGCAUAACACUAAGAAAAAUGUCCUUAAAAAUGUUUUAUACUUUUGCAAUAAUAUGUAUUCAAUAAAAUUAAAAAUAAAAAAUA